AAAGGACAUUGAUUUGAAAUUCAGAGAACCGCAAAGAAGAUAUUAGCUGCAAGAAAACAGAACGUGUGGCAACGGCUUCUUCCGUGAAGAACUUCACCCAAUUUUCUCUCUCCUCUUCCCCCGCUUAAAAUUCAACUCUUUCUUCAACUUUUUAAUCUAAUUUGAGCUUUAAUCAAUGGCACAGUUCAUUCUACAAGGGCGAUUGAAGCUGCUAUUGAACAGUGAAAACUCAGCUCAAUGUAAGCUUAUUGGGGUAAAUAGAAGUUGUGGGGUGUUUGGUUUUGGUGAUUUUUGCUCGAUUUUUCCACUUAAUUUCAACGAAAACAAUGUUAGAAGAAAUGGGUUGUCGAAAAAAGUGACAAUAAUUGCUUCUGCUACAAAGGGUAGUUCAAAAAAUUCUGUAAAUGGGAAUGUUAAUGGAGUUUUUAAUGGUGAUAGCAGUGAUGAUUUUGAUGAUUAUGAAGAUGAAGAUGGUGAUGAUGAUCUUUCUUGUUUCAGGGGUUUAGUUCUUGACAUUUCUUAUAGACCGGUCAAUGUUGUCUGCUGGAAGCGUGCUAUUUGUCUGGAGUUCACAGAGAAGGCUGAUGUUCUGGAAUAUUACGAUCAGACAGUAAACUCACCUAAUGGUUCUUUUAACAUACCAGCUGUAUUAAGGGUUCCACAUCUGCUUCAGGUAAUGAAGAGAAAAAAAGUCAGAAACAUCCUAAGCCGCAAAAACAUCUUCUAUCGAGAUGAUUACAUGUGUCAGUACUGUAAAGUGACAAAUAAUUUGACUAUAGAUCACGUGGUUCCGAUUGCACGAGGUGGAAAAUGGGAAUGGGAAAACCUGGUGACAGCUUGUAUUAGAUGUAACUCGAAGAAGGGCCACAAAACUUUAGAAGAAGCAAACAUGAAUCUUGUUAAAGCCCCAAAGGCACCAAAAGAUUACGACAUACUUGCUAUACCGCUGACCAGUGCAACUGUAAGGAUGCUGAAAAUUAAAAAGGGAACACCUCAGGAGUGGCGUCAAUACCUCCCAAAAUGACGGCUUCAAAUGAUUAGUGGCACUGCCUGAACAUGUAAGGUGGUUGUAUAUAAUUAUCGGUCCUUCAUGUACACUUAUGCCUUAUGGUAUUCUAGUUACGCAUCAAGUGUGUCUAAUGUUACAGGGCAUCUGAUGUAUCCAUGGCCAUGAGAAGAGAUUGGUAGCUCUGUAAAUUGUGAAUUUAGGAAACGAUCUCUUCGGGUUUUCAUGGCUGACACAACUAAUCAAUUAAUUCUCUCUAGUAUAAGCAAGGAACUGCCCUUUUCUUAACCUUAUUUUUUAUUAUAUAGGAAUAUGCUUCUAUGAAUGAUAAUUCUGUUAUUAACUUCUCUUA